AUGCGUUAUACAUUCAGUUUACGUGUCAAUGUAGAUAGGCGUGAAUUGGCCAAGAGGUUUCGCGAACCGCCUGGGAUAAUCAAAAAUAAUUCUGAGGAGAAUAAAUUCCUUGCAACUGAUGUGCAUGCAACGUUAUCUGGCAUACCAACUACUCAAGACUUCUCAUACGGUGAGAUAACAUCGAUAUCUGACAUACCUCAUUUGGAUUAUCGUCUCUACGAAAAUUUAUCCCGUAUGGGACUGGACCAAUUGACUCCAGUGCAACGUCAUGCUAUCGGUAUCAUGUCGAUAGACGAAACAGCCACUAUCCAAGGUGACUCGUUUGAGUAUCAGCGAGUCGUUGGGAAAUAUGAUUUAAUGGCUGCAGCACAAACUGGCUCUGGGAAAACUUUGGCUUAUCUUAUACCGAUAGUCAAUCGAUUACUUAGGGUCUAUCCCUAUGAAGCCAUGCAAGCGCGAGUAAGUUGGUAA